AUGAGACACAAUUACCAAGGUUCCUCCUGGCACAGUCCUGGCAGUAGUCAUCAUUCCCCACUAACAGUCACCGACCCAUCUAUUGCCAUACCAGAUCCGAAUUCAGAAAAUCAACAACCAGCACAAAACGAACCAACUAAAUCUAGUGUGGGUAGCAGCGAUUUGCUACAUUUUAACGAUAAUUAUUCCGCUUUGUUACAAAAUUUAACUAAUGAAAACCCAAAUAUAAUUCCCCAAUCGUUUAAUAAUCCUCCUACGGAUGUUCCUAAUCAAAAUCAAACUAAUAAUAAUACCAGCAGUGGCAAUGAUUUUUCCACUGAAAAGCAAAGUUUGGAUACUUUACUCCAACAUUAUCAAAAUCUAAUUGGCAAACCCGCCGUUCAAAAUGAAGCAGCAACGACAAGUGCUACAACCAAAUCUUCUGUAACACCACCAACAAAUGAACCUGUUUGUAAUUAUUGUCGUCAGAAGGGAACGAAAUGUUUUAUGAUCCCAAAUCUAGGGAAAUGUAUAGAAUGUGAAACAAACAGAAUUCAAUGUUUUUUUCCUAAUUCUGUGAAGUCAAAUAAGAGAGAAAGAGUCGAUAAUAACAAUUUGCAAACUCAGAAUGGACCAAAGAAGAUUAAGCAGGAAUCUGUUGUGAAUAAUGGGAACAAUAGUCCCAAUCAUUACUAUUCCGAUUUCUUACAGACUUUAAAUAAUACCAUAUCAACAUCCGCUUCCAAUCUCCCCAUGCCAAAUGCAAACUUGAACAUGAAUAUAAAUAUGGGAAUGAAUCCUUCAGCACAAUAUAAUCAAGUACAAACACAACCAGAAAACGUACAAUCACAAUUGCCCGUACAAUAUCCAAGAUCAUCAUUUUAUGUGGGACCUACAUCAGUAUAUGAUAUCAAUCUAAUCAAUCAUGUCAAAUUGGACAAUAUAGACCAAAUUCAAUUAUCUAAGUCCUUAGCAUUAAGGAAAGUAGCCACAGAUGUCCAAUUCAUACUUCGGGAUGAUUUAAAUCGUGAACUAUACUUGAAACAAGAGCAAGAAGUGGAUGUCGUAGAGACUUUGAUUUACCCUCAUGGGAAAUUAUUAAUUGAAAUUUUCUUCAGUUUGGUGCAUCCUUAUUUCCCUAUCUUACACGAAAGAGUCUUCUUAGAAAAAUAUGCCAGAUCAUAUAGAGAAUUGACAGCACCAUUAUUAGCAGCAAUUUAUUCAUUGGCUUUACAAUGGUGGGAUUUCCACCCUAAAUUGAUUGGAUUUCCUAAACCAGAUGUUGUAAAUAAGUUGAAUGAUAUCGCAUUCAAAUCAUUCUUCAACAGGAUUGAAAGACCAAAAUUAAGUAUGGUGCAAACAGGACUUCUAAUAUUACAAUGUAGGUCAGAAAAUAGAAAUAAUUGGGUAUUGUCAUCCGUCGUGGUAUCAUUAGCUGAAGAACUAGGGCUUGGAGUUGAUUGCCAGGAUUGGAGACUACCCAAAUGGGAAAAAGAUCUUCGUAGACGUUUAGCAUGGGCCGUAUGGAUGGAAGAUAAAUGGAUGUCGUUAAAUGAAGCACGUCAUUCUCAUUUAAUACUGGGGAGGAAUUGGAUGGUGAAGCCACUACAGAGUGAUGAUUUCCCACCAACUUCGUCGAUGAUCACGAACGGUGGAGCAACAGAAAACAAUAACAACUCCAGAAAGGAACCACCAUCAUUUAUUGGCACUCCACAAUUUGAUAUGUCACUCACAGCGGAGGAUUAUACCAAUGGAACAUUAAUAUAUCACCAAAUGGUUUCCUUAAGUAUUAUUCUUGGAGAAAUUAUGGACACUUUCUACACGCAGGGUGCCAUUACAGUCAAUACAAAUAUUGAACAAGUAUUAAAAUUAGCUAAACCAUUGCAAUUAAAACUGAGAGAGUGGUAUCAUUCAUUACCGUCGCAAAUCUCUAUGAGUACAUUUACACCAAAGAGAUUUAUCGUGAACGCUACGUUAACAUUGGCUUAUUUUGCAGCAGAAAUUACUCUACAUCGAAAGAUAAUAAGUACUCUAAGAUCAGAUACACCAAAGGAAUUAGUUCACGUUUGUAGACAAGCCGCAAAGACGAGGCUAAUUGCAGCCAUUGAGUUCAUUAGAGAUUUGAAAAAUGAACAUAUUAAUGCAUUUUGGUAUACAUGCUCUACAAGUAACUUGAUGUUAAUAGGAACAUUUGCUGCAUUAUUAUACGUCACAUCACCUACUAAAGAAGAAUCUGACAUGUUUAGAGAUUGUCUAAGGAAUUAUAUUUGGAUCCUACGUGUCGGUUCUAAGGCAUUUGACAAAUUUGGACAUGCUCUUAAUAACAUACAUAUGUUGUUAACCCAAAUUCCAGGUCUAUUAACAGAUGAUUUAGAUCAUCUGAAGGAAGCAGGUGCGCCAAAACCAUUUUCACAUAUACCUCAAUCACAACAUUUAAAGACUGCAUCACCAGCUAUGACGGAACAAGGGUCGCCUUCAACUUUAAACCAAUUCAAAAAUAUGGCCCCAGAACUAUUACAAAAUUUAACAAAUAUUCAAGCUACUGCAACCACUACCACUUCUGUGACGCCAGCGGUUGCUAGUAAUUCUGAAAUGACGCAUACACCUACUCAUCUAGGAAGCCCAUCAAAGAAGCAGCCUAUGCCAACUUCAGCAGGUAGGAGGUCACGAGAGCUCGAUAACAACGUAGAUAACCAAUCUCCUGGCGGCUCAACAGUAACAGGUAGUACUACUAAUAAUAAUAAUAUUAAUAAUUUGCCUAGGAAAAGUUCUAACCAUGAAGAAUCAGUUUUUCAAAGUAGCAGGACCUCCAAUCCGGCCAGUCAACCCAAUACACCACAAAUACAUAAACCAAGUCAUGUUAGUCCUACGAGUCAUAACACAGGGAGUGAUCUAAAUAACUUAUCUAUGGAUUUGGGUGCUCCACUAAAUCAACCUGAGUCAACUGCUAGUGUUAUCGGUGCUCAUGAUUCGCCUAACCGCAACAAUGCUUUCACUAUUGAUAAGGAUGGAAGUGCACAAGAGGACGGCAAUAACAUAACUGAAAAUAAUAACGAUCCAAGUUCUUUAGAUCAAAAAUAA